GUGGCCGCAGUUGCUCCACCAGCACUCUCUGAAAAAUCUCUAAAAAGGCUCUCAACAAACUGUUGCACGUGUUGUUAAUUCAGUUUCUUGUGUUUUCUUUCAAAACCUAUUUAAAGUAAUUGGAAAAAACGAAAAAUAUUGAAAAUGGGUUGCGCUACUGGAACCAUAAAGUACUCCUUGUUUCUGUUCAAUAUACUUUGGGGGAUUCUGGGCAUUGUGGUCAUAAUAUUCGGUGGCCUCGGUUGGGGUGCCAUGCCAAAUGAAUUUGCCAUUGGCAUUCUGGUACUUGGCAGUGUAAUUCUAUUGAUUUCCCUCUUCGGUUGCUGCGGUGCAAUACGCGAAUCGCCGCGAAUGCUUUGGACGUAUGUUACAUUUUUGCUGAUCUUAUUGGGUCUUACUGUGGCAUUUAUCAUACUGAAUCCAAGGGAUGUCUUUAAGAAAUAUGCCCUGAAUGUUGUGGAGAAGCAAUGGGAGCUAGAACAAACUAAACCUGGUAGCAUGGAUGUCGUGCAGUCAACGUAUCUUUGCUGUGGACGCAAUAGUGCUCAGGACUAUCUUAAUAUCAGCCAUUGGAAUGAUAGUGUGCCAGCUAGUUGUUGCAAGGACAACAAUUGUGUGAAUCCUUUGAACCUUUAUACGACCGGUUGCUUGACCAAAGUGGAGGAGGCUUUCGACGAUGAGGCCAAAACAUCACGUUACUUUGAAUGGACUGUACUUGGUUUUGAUUUGGUGAUACUUCUGCUGGCAUUCAUUCUGGCCGUACACUAUACGAAUCGCAGACGUCGCUAUAAUUAUUAAUAACUUUCGUUAAAUUUAGUGUUAUUUAAGCUUAAGUACUUAAACCAAGUCUCACAAUGUCUAAGUGUCACCCAAGUACCUUUUGCUUUACUCAUGUGUUCACUUGCCAAGCAAACUGUGAAAAUUUUUGUAUUAAACAUUACUCCAUGAGAGAGGAAA